AUGGCCGAAGUAAUUGGUAUCAGCUCUGGCCUCGCUGGCUUGUUGGCAUUAGCCCUCGAAUCGAGUCGCACCCUGUUCAGCACGGUUCAGAGUCUUCGCAACCGGGAAAAGGCGAUUAGAGGUCUUCGAGAAGCACUCCGAGAUCUCGAGGAGGUGCUGAAAAUACUUCAGGACUCGAUCAGCACCUCACCGUUUCUGAACAGCGGAAUAAUUGAACGACCUCUUGAUCGAUGUUGCAAAGCAUGCACCGAUUUCAAUAAACUGAUUAUGCAGUGCUCUGAACACUCAACAGACAAUCAUUCCAGCAUCCGUGAUUGGGCCAAAUUGCGCUACAUGGGCGAAGACGUCACUGGCUUUCAAAACAUGCUAUCUGGCUACAAAUCUACAAUCACGAUCGCCCUUGCCUAUUCUAAUGUCCAUCUCACCAGAACGACGCAAAGUGUCAUGCACGAAUACAAGGAAUUAAUUGAGAAUACCAAGUGCGACCUCCAGCUUCAUUUGCAGUCCAUUGAGGACAGGGUGAAGUUAUUAUCUUCCGCAAGGCAAGCCGAUGUGGGAUUGGAUUCCAUUGACGUUCAGAGUAUGAAAGAAGAAUUAGAAAGCACACAGCACGGCCUGGAGAUUUGCGCGCAAUUUUCCUCAUACAUAGAGGAGACAAGGUCCAUCUCUCUGCAAAAAAUGACUCAGGCUUCUGGAACGUCUGAACGAAGAUCAUCGUCUCCAGAAUACAACAUGCCUUGGCUGAUUCUUGCUGAAGCCUUGAGCUCUGCGGAAAGAGAAAUCGUCAGUUCGAGACUUCGAUUGCUUCAAUAUCGUCGCGCACAAGAAAAUCAGCCUUGGUCAUCACAACACCGAGGAUUGCUACCAGGGAAUGAGCACACCGCCGAACGAAGUGACAUCAAGGAAGAGGCCGAAAACAUCAAACAUUCUUUGAAUUUCUUCGAUCGGGUAUCUGAAGAAACCACCGAGGGUCGAAUGAACUAUUUCGAGGACGUAUCUACGGGUGAUAAGAGCAAACAAUUCAUUGUGACGACGCUCAAAGAUUUGAUCUCUGCGCGACGGAUCACCUCGGGAUCUGGCUCAUUGCAAGUUCUAGGACAACUGUCGGAAGACUCUCUGAACAACGUGCUUCGAACCCAAGACGACUUCCGUGAAUAG